UGUGACGAACGCCUUGCAAUAGUCUACCAUCCCAAACUAACGCGCCAACACUCUUUUGGGCCCUAAACCAUCUCUUCCAUUUGAAUUUGAAAAACAACUAAAAACAUUGUUUAUUUCGCUCUCAAAUUUUGUGUAUAUAUAUAUACAUAUACGGAAAUAUCAAAUAUGUAUGCAUCAUAUUUCAUUUCUACUAUUGCUGGCUGCGAAUGUUACCAGAAAAACACUACUCGCUGCAAUUCAAAUCAAAGAAAACACAGAACAAAACCCUAACCCUAACCCUAACCACGAGUAUUAUUUCAUUUGUUCACACACCGCACCCACUGCGAAGUGUUUCGAAUCGAUCUUUUGUGAUCGAGUAAAAGGUAAUGGCGGGGAAGAAGCGUAGCUGUGAUGAAUUUCGAGAAAGAUCCGAACUUGGGAGCAAGCGAGUGAAAAUGCGAGAUCUUGAAUCUGUGCUUCAUUCCGAAAGAAUUUAUAGUCAUUAUCCAAAAUCUUCGGAAAAUAGAGAAGAUAGUGACCCUUCUCUCUCUGUUGACGAAGAGAAGUCCCAGGUCACCAAGGACACUAUAACCAUGAAUUCAGACGUUGGUCAGGCAGAAAGAACAGGAAAGGACACAUUACCUCUUCAGGUUGACACUGCCCCCAGACCCCUUGGUCUACAUGCAAAAGUUUGUGUUACUAACACUUCAGCUUGUGGUGAUGCUCAAUGUGCUAACAAGUUAUCAUCAUUUGGGAAGCAUGGCAUAGAACACAACGCUAAUUUUGUAACGCCAAGGGGUUUUGGCUGGGAUGUUAAUGCAAAGGAUCUUUCGAGCUCACUUAAUCAAGACCCUUUUUAUCCUCACAGAAGUGAACAUUUGAAAGCCAGAGAUGUUUCCGAGUGUGGGAGUACCACAGGCCCAUCGGAGGAUAGUGAUGCAAUGAGAGUUUGGAAAGAGAUGAAGCAGAGUGGUUUCCUCUCAUCUUCCCGUGGAGGUGUACCAGUACCAAAGCCGCGUGGGAGGAAAAGUAAAAAAAAAGAAUUCAAGAAAAAGAUGAAGAUUCCCAAGAUAGAACAGGUUGACAGGUUUGCGAGGACGGCGGCUCCAAGUGGACUGCUGAAUGAGUUGAAUCCUGGAAUUAUAAAUCACGUGAGAAACAGAGUACAGGUUCAUUCAAAAAUAGCAGCACUCGUGAGGUCUCAAAAACUUGAAAAUCACAAUGGGGGAAGCAAACAGGGAAUCCAAAUGAAGAGUGGAACUAAAGAUAUUAGUGAGGAGAAGAAUGACCUGGAAAAUGUUAAUGGAUUUGGAAUGAAUCGACCCCAUCUUUCUCCUGAAGAUUUCAUUACUUUGUCCAGGAGCCGUCAGACAAAAUAUUGCUCAAUUUCGAAGAGUGAAUCAGCGUACUUGAAUUCGGAGGGCGCGGUGGGAGAUGGUGAUUCAAGCAUGGUAGAGAGUAGAAUUAUUGGUAAAUAUUUCUGUCCCUCACAUUCCAAUCCCGACAAUGAGGAUGAUAUACUUGCGGGGAAGUUGUCAUCAUCUACGUCCAUUUUCUCAGACAUUACUAGCUCCUCGUCCAAUGAGGAAUCGGCAAACCCAACCACUACUAACUCUCUUUCUGUGAAAUCUGCUACUGUUGCUUACCAAUGGUUGGAACUUCUUUAUCGAGACAUUAAAGAGCGUCUUGCUGCACUGCGAUGUAGUAAGAAAAGAGUUCAAGAAGUGAUUCAUACGCAAUUGUCUUGCCUAAUAUUGACAGAAUUCUCAUCUAAUCAAGAGAAUGAUCUUUGUGUUAUGAAAAAUUCUCAUGCUCGAUGCUCUGAUAAUGCAACUGCUGACGUGCAUCGAGCUAGGUGGAGUUUUCUGUUUGACCAGAUGGAUAAAGCACUUUCUGAAGAAGAGAAACAGCUGGAAAGCUGGUUGAUACAAGUAAAAGAAAUGCAGCUGCACUGUGAACGGGGCCUGCAACGUUUCCAAUAUAAUGAUGCAACACAUGGUUGGUAACGGCUGGGAACAUUAGAAAAUUCCUCCAAAUUAGAGAACUCAGAAAGGGAAUUUGCUGUCGGGGCAGCUGCAGCUUCCAUCGAUUCAACAUGCAACGUUCCUUUUCUUUUCUAAUUCUUGUCCUGUCGAUCUCCAUGUACAUAAGUAAAUUAACUAGUAAUUAGGUAUGUUGGUCGGAGCAGGAUUUUGUGGAGUUGUCAAGUUUGUCAUCAUGUAACAUUAGAGGUCGAGGUCAGUUAUAUUUUAAUUUUUUGCCAAAAUCAGAAAAGAGGAAAAAACUAAUUGUUGUCAGAAA